AACCGCCUUCUAUUGCCUCCGAUUGGUUGACCCGUGGGAAUGUAUCAAUUCUCACUGCUGCAGGAUUGGUCGGGGGGACUGUACGUGGGGCAGUGUGAGUCUGCAACGUUCCGGGUUAUUGUCAGUUUCUGCAGCUCGUUGCAGGGUGAAGGUACGCCUGCAAGAGAGUGCAAAGCUCUCCGGAACAUCCAAAUAAUUCAUCCGAAACAAACAGCGUAGAUUCAGAAUCAACAAAGGGUGAAAACGAAAACUGAGGAUCUCCGGUUGUACUGAGGAAUUUGUGCUAAAACGAGACGUUCACACUUCAAGAAAACUGAUUAACCAAAGGAAAAUAGAGUUUUUCUGAUCCAAGCAAGGAUUAAGGAGCUGCCGCGGAGAAGCUAUCAGGACUGUAGUAGGAGCUUAUCAUGAAGAACACACAGCACUAACUCAUCACUGGUACUCCUGUCUCGGCGUCUGUUUCUGAUCAAAGGGAUUUCAUCUGAAAAAGACAACGACGCUGUUUCCCAAGUGCAAGAUCAAUGGAAUAUAUACAUGCCAUAAUACAUAAAUAAAUCAGUCGAGAAAUAGAUGCAGCCUACACAUACGAUUUGAAUUGCAAUCCAUUAUCUACAUACCGUAUAUAUUAACCGUCGGUCUUGGGCAAAAACAGGAAACGGAAUAUAUUGUAUUAUCCCUCUUUGUGCUUUGUAAUUGUUAAUAACAUACAAGCAAUUUUUAAUAUUAGUUUUCCUUUUCCCUGGAAAUUGCCAUGGAUAGUUGAAAAAAAAAAAUCCGACUAAAACAAAACAUUGAUUUUUUAAAUAUUAUUAUUAUUAUUAUUAUUAUUAUUAUUAUUAUUAUUAUUAUUAUUAUUAUUAUUAUUAUUAUUAUUUUAUUUCUGCCAACGUAUGUAUUUUUUUUUCAGCAACAUUGCACUUCAUUGAAACGAUGAACAUAUUUGCCUUUACAAGUGGAAAUUGCUGAAAUUGCAGUAGUUUUUUUUUUUCCAAGAAGAAAUUAAUACAGUUUGUUUAUUAACCCCCAAAAGAAAGAAAUUCAGCUGUUCAGAUGGAUCGAUACUUUUGAAACAUUAAUACCGUAUAGUUUGUAAUCUGGUUCAUCAGAGCUCAAACAACAAAUAAAUAAAUAAAUAAAUAAAUAACCGAAAGGAAUCCUCAUGUUUCGCCUCCGGGAAAUGUAAUAAAAAGGGAUUAUAUGUGAGUUCAGAUGUUCAGGAAUCAGGAUGGUGUCUCUGCCUGUCCGUAUCGCCGAGCUCUGAAGCCGAUUCACGGCGCUGCACAGCCUGGAUCACAGACUACCCGUCUUCACUUAAAACAAUUUAUGAUUCCUGUGUGGUGGCGCUCCCCUUGGUUUUAGACCCCACGCUCCACCAUGUUGGCCUGUCUGCAGAGAAGACAGAACCCCCAGCCUCAGCACCUGGCCUGCCCCAGCAAGACGCUGGAGACUCCCCACACCACCAGCCGCAAAUGUGAGCUGGUGGCGCCCAUGCAUUCCCCGCGGUACCCCAGCACGGCCGAGCUAGAUGCCUACGCACAGAAGACAGCCAACAGCCCCCUUUCCAUCAAGAUCUUCCCCACGAAUAUCAGGGUACCCCAGCACAAGCACCUUAACCGGACUAUCAAUGGCUAUGACACCACAGGCCAGCGCUACAGCCCCUACCCACACCUGCACACGGGCGGCUACAACGGCCUGCUCGCCAUCGUCAAGACCGCGCCCCCCGUGACAACAGGAAAGGCCGUGGUCAAAAACUCUGAGGGCAAGCGGACUAAGCUGUCCCCGGCCCAGAUUGCAGCGGCCCCUUAUCCACCACCGAGCAGCAGCACUUUAUCCCAGAGCCACGCGCAGAUACAGUACCACACAGGCCACUCCAAACCCCCUGAAGCUCCCACAGUACCGGUACCUCCUAAUGUUACUGUGGCUGCUUCCGUUAUCCCCAUUGUAGGGGGCCAUGGCUUGGCUUUGCCCUCGCAGUCUAACCUGCCCUCCAUUCAGAGCAUCAUCUACCAGAUUAACCAGCACUGCCAGGCCCAGGCUCUGCAGCAGGUGUGCCAGGGGGUGGUGGUGGCGGCAUCAACCGCCAACCCCAGCCCAGCAAAACAGGGGGCGGGAGCUUCUACAAACUCUUCUGGCAGCAUGGCAGGCUUCCCCGGCGGCAUGGUGGCCCAGAGCGGUUUGGCCUACGCUGGGGCGGUGUUGCCCACCCAGGGGGCUGAGCUUGUCAAAGCUGGGGCAGCCUAUAUGGACAGCAUGGAUUAUAUUAUCUGGCAGCAAAAGCAGCAGCAGCAGCACCAACAACACCAGCACCAGCAGCAUCAUCCACAGCAGCAGCAGCAGCAGCAGCAGCAUCAGGCUGCCCUGAGGAUGUACAGUGCUGGGAGCGGAGGCGGUGGAGCCAUUAGCAAAUCUCCGGAAACGUGUGUGCCGGGGAGCGCGGUGGGGGUGGUCGGCAGCGCCCUGGUGUCCUCCAGGCCUUACGCCCUGACUGCAAGUGCCGGUUGGCUGGACAAAGUGAGCUCCUCUCCACUGAACUGCGCUGGCAUGCACGGCAACUUCUCGGUGGGCCAGUACUUUGCCCCUCCUUGGAACAGCGUGCUGGUGACCCCCGACAGCGACUGUUACAACCCCCAGGACAUUGCGGGGGCCAACACGGGGGGCGGCGGGGGGCAUAGAGAGCUGGGUUUCCCCCACCAGCACCAUAAUCACCACCACCCCCCCUCCGACAGCGGCCUCUGCUGCAGCCUGCCCAGCAAGACCCUCUGCAACACCUCCAUCCUGAGCAGCAGCCUCCAGUCGCUGGAGUACCUCAUCAACGACAUCCACCCUCCCUGCAUCAAGGAGCAGAUGCUGGGCAAAGGCUACGAGACAGUGUCGGUGCCCAGGCUAUUGGAUCACCAGCACGCUCACAUUCGACUGCCGGUAUAUAGAUAAAAACAAAAAAAACAACUAACAUUGAAACAAAAAAACUAAGAAAAAAAUUUAUUAAAACAGAAAAGGAGAUCUUUAUUAUAUAUAAAUAUCUAUAGAUAUGCGAUUGGCACUGCUUUAAAAGAAGAGGAUGGGUGACUCCAAAGCUCCCCAAGAGGUGGUGGCUCUAACGGGCAAAGGUUGAAGGUGAAAGGGGAGUAGCGCAUGUGUGUGUCUGGGGUGGUAGGCAGUUGGAAUUCAGUUUUGAAGCUGGAAAAUUGAUUGCUGGUUGGAGUGAGAUUUGCUAACUGGGGAUGGUUUGCUUUUGCUGGUGUUGUUUUUGUGAGCUUGCUACUGGAUGUGGUGCACACAGGUGAAAGAAAUAUGCACAUAAGUGCCCCCUACACCUCGGAGGACCAACACAAAAGCCAAGGCCGUGCAAAUGGUUCCAAACAACAAAUAAAAAGAGAGAAGGCAAGAAUUGUCUUUUGCCGCUACACAGAUGAAAGCUGCAAGAACUGUUUUAGUGGGAAAAAAAAUUAAUAAUUAAUGUGAAUUGCACUGCUUGGAGCAUAAAUGCUAGAAAAUGGGUGGGAGGGGGAGUGGGGUGAUCUGGAGUAAAUAUAUUUAAGAAACUUGAAAACUUGAACCUAUUUUUUUUUUUUUUUUAGGUUGAUAUACAAUGUAUGUGUUAGCUGCUAAGGGAAAAGGUCUUUAUUUCUUACUGCUUAUUAGAUUUUUCUGUUUCAGGGUUUUAAUUGUUGUUUUUUUUUAUAAGCUGUCUCCAGCUUCCUUGAAUGAAACAAGGCUGUUGCUUUUGGUUCUGCAAGAACCGUGGGCUUGAGGUGUUUGGAGGUGCACUAAAAAAAAAAAAAAAAAGCAAAAAACAAACCAUGUAUCAUGAAUUGUCUCUCCGCUGUUCAAAUUUACAGGUGUUCCCCAGACUUGGCAUGUGUUUGCCUUAUUGGGUUAUACGUUCAAAUAAAGAAGACAAAGAUACCCUCAAUUCUCUCGUUUUGAAUUGGUUCCGAAGGUAGUUUUUAGGUUCAUGGGGGUAAGAUUGGAGAGCUCAGAUUUGAUCCUGGUUUAUACGAUUUCCACAAUCGGAGUUAAGUGCAGAAGUCAAAUUGUAUACCCUGAGGGAACAGAGAAAGCUCCGUUCUAGUAAUAACAGCAUGAAUGGGAUCAAGGAAAUGCCACCUUUUGAUCCCAGAUCAAUUUUGAAGGCAGCGGAAUUGCAUCUUUUGAAUUUUGAUUGGUUACCCAAGUGAUUGGCUUCAGUCCCAGUUGUGCCAGCUUGGAGAGGGAGUCUGUGUGUGUGUGUGUGUGUGUGUGUGUGUGUGUGUGUGUGUGUGUGUGUUUGAGAGAGAGAGAGAUAGAGCUUUACCUUGGAUCCAGUUAUAUCCAGUCAAGUGACAGCAAUCCAGGAUCUAAUCAGAACUUGUCUGCCCCCAGCUUCAGGAACAUUUUAAAAUUCUUUUAGAAAAAAGAUGACCAGAUCUGAGGGUUCUCUUGCGAGUUUUCUUUUUUUUAAAAAAGACCAGGUGACGAUGCUUGAUAUAGAUUUUAUGUACAUUUUAUUUUCAUGCUGUGACAUGUUGGAUGUAGUGUAUUGCACCAUGUGCUGGCUUCGGCUUGAGAGACCAUUUUUAAUUGGUUGUCAUUUCUACUAGGUACUGGUGUAUCAUGUAGACCUGGGCUAUAAUAUGAAUGUGCUGUAUUUAUAAGGAAGUAUUAAAAUGCUUGCCUUUUUUUUUUUUUUAAACUGAACACAAUAUAAAAACAGUAAAGAUAUGGCAGAACAAUCUCUGCAAGAGCCUGAGAACCCGAAGAUUGAGGCUUUUCUUUUAAUUUGAUCAAUUUGCCCUCAUAAGCAUGUCCAGUCUUCCUAUACAGCCUGAGAGGCUGAACUUGUACACUGUCAGACAGCAUUUCCCCACUCUUUGUGCACCACACACGACCGCUACGUUUCCCAGUUCGCUUUUGGAAACAAGACAUUCGAUCCCUGUGUACUUUUUCUAAUCCAGCAUUUUCUUUCUCCAUAAACUUCUCUGGAUCGCUUUCAUCAGUCCUAUUUCGUUAUGCUAAUGGGAUGAAACCGGGCUUGCCACAACCUGUACUGCACCCAGUGCUCUCUUCAGGAGAGUCGUCUUAAAAGUGAUUGAUUUGAAGUGCUUAACUACCGAGGAGAAACAGGAUGUGUUAGUUGUUCAUUGAGAUUUCAUUUAAUUUUAAUGCUGAUGUAACCCUCCUUCAAACAAGGCAUUGCAUUCUGCUCAUUUAAUUUUUUUUAAUAUAAAGCAUAUAGAAUGUAUUUUAUUUUCUUAGACUAAUUAGGGCUAACACUAAGAGAACUAGGGGAGCGACUGUAUAUCUCAGAGCAGACAGGAAGCUGUAUUGACACCCAUUUCAAUGUGAUUAGGACGAUCCAAACUCCUGUUCAUUGCACAUAAAGCCGAUGAGACCUUGGAAGUUGCCCCAGGGCAGUGCGGCAUUCGGGCUUGGGUCCCUUGGAAGUUGCCCUAGGGCAGUGCGGUAUUCGGGCUUGGGAGUCAGGUUUUGUGGCAGGCACCUGGUAGGUUUCACAGUUGGAUAGUGGGCGGAUUUUGUUAGUUUCUGGUAUAUAUUCCAUAUAUUGGAUAGCAAGCUCAGUCUGGUUUAGGGAACAGCAAAGAGAGACGUUCAUUGAGCAGAGGGGAUGUGAAAUGGCUUGCAGUGCCUGUUUUUGUACUGGGAUUUUAACAGUGAUGGGACAGCAUGGAGCCUCAAUACAGCGUCUUUGUCUUCAGUGGAUUGAAUAAUGCGCCCGGCUCCACAGAGGGAUUGGGCGGGGGUGGGUCUUUUUAAAGGCUCCAUGCUGUCUGUCGAGGGCGCCACGCUCUCUGUUCCAUAACUGUUGAUGGGGGGAAUAUAUUCCACCCACAGUGACCCUCUCCACUCUAGCAGUGCAAGCAGAUUCCUGACACAAACAAUGAGCUGCUCGCAUUAGGAUAAUGGUAUUAAAUUCCAAAUAGAUUUCAGCACAGAGCUUCACUCAUCCACACUGGGCUUUCUCAGCUGUUGAAACACAGCGACAUAUGGUGGUGUGUCAUUAUCUGAACCCCCUUUACAGGACGGGCCAGUGAAACAGACUUACUGCUUAAACAAACUGAGAGCCUGUGAUUUCAGGGAUAAUGCAUAGCUAGGGGUCUCUCUGCUCGGACCACCAGCCCACACUGCUUCCCAGUCCGUCUGCUCAGACCACCAGCUCACACUGCUUCCCAGUCCCUCUGCUCAGACCACUUGAGCCGCGCUGCUGUCAUUACGCAGCACUUGGUCACGUUGCUUCCUAGUCCCUCAGUUCUGACCUCUUGGUACACAAUGCCUCUUCAGCUCAAACAAUUAAGCCUGUCAGCUGUGGGCCUGACGCACAGUUCACGGUAGAAAGAUUUCACAAGCGUGAGGUUGUGGAGAGGUGCUUUUGGGUUAGGGGCCUGGUGUGGUUUUUGUUUUGAAUUCUUCUGCAGUCCUUGAGACAAGGGGUUUGUUAGGACCCCCUCUGCUCGUCCCAGUCUUUGGCCACAGUGCUUUCAGCCACUAAUGGGCCUAGUCUCAGGGAACGGGCUUAAGCAAACAAGAGGCCCCUCUGGUGUGCAUCUGAGGGUGAAAUUAAAUCACAGGGAAGGGGAGGCUGUGUUUGUAUAAAAUAAUAAGUGACUUUACACCAAGAGAUGUCAAAGUGCAGUCUGGGUGGGUGCUUGGCUGACAGUGCAUACGCAUCACUCACCAUCCUACCAAUACAGUAACUGUUAAAGAUAUAGCCUGUUUAUAGUUUUAAUAGCAGUUAUACGAGUAGCCUUGAGUAAGUGCUAUUGAAUGCAAAUGUAUUUUGUAAUUCAACACCCCCUAGUGUUGAAAUUAGGCAAAGCCCCUUAACUCAACACCCUUCUUCUCACUCGUCUUUCACUCGCCCUCCUUCUCUACCCCCCCCCCCUUCGCCAGCGCAUUAUGUGGCUCACCUCGGCUUGUUUAUCCCCCCCAGGAGAGUCACUAAUCAGCUUUCCCCCGAAACCUCGGCUACUCGAUACGACAACUAGCUUUAUCAACAUUUUCAAGGGCACAGCGUUGAGAUAGACAGAGCAAGAGGGAUAGAGAGCGUAAAUCCUUUAAGGACAGUGGGGAGGAAGGGCGGCCCAGAAACUGCCUCAUUAGCCAGCUUUCUUCCACCCAUUUUUCAUCUCCUGUUUGUGAGGGACACGAAAAGAGGGACAAGACAUGGGAUUUGUAGAUUUAUGAUGCCGGAUCAAUAUAUAUGCAGAUAGGCAACGUCUAAAUGUACUGCACACGCAGUACCGUAUAUCAUGACAAUACCCCUCACCAUACAAGUUCAGAUCCUUUUUUUUCUCUCUAGCAGUACAAGUGUGGGAAUGUCUGAUUUAUGACAAGUGGCUUAUCAAUUUAAGGAUUUCAAAAACUCCUAAUAUAUCUCUAUAUUGACCGACAGGGGAAUCUGGCUAUACACACACACACCCUUGGUUUAAUUAUGUGUUGAGUCUGUAACAUUUUGUUCAAGGCAGUCUAGCCUUGUUCUCACAAGAGAUUUGAUACUGUUUGUUUGUUUGUUUGUUUUGUACUUUUUUUUUUUUUCUUUUCUCAUAAACAACGUGGCUGUGAGAAGCUCAAGACAAACCAGUGUGUGAAUUCAGCAAAAAAUGAGACACAAAGGGGACAGGCAAUGAGGGAAGGGAAGAAAGAUGCUGAAAAACAGAAAAACAAAGGCAGCUGCUCUCUCUGUGGAAAUAAAAUCCACCCAGGCCAGCCCUGGCAACAGGAAGGGCUCUCUCCCUCUGGUACAGUGCUGCCCCAUCCAGCCAUGCUUACACACAGCAUACUGAGAAAUAGCAGACACGAUUUGAAUGUGCACUGUCCCGUUCCGUCUAAUUGCUUGUUUGACAGUUCUGCAGUGGCAGGCAGGAAACUAAAAAUAGAUGAUCAUAAUCAUCAGCACCUGAACAAUGGACGAAUCUAUCAAGCAGACAACCUGUGUUUUAUUAUUUUUUUUUAAUUUAAUUUUUUUUUUUUGGGGGGGGGUUAAUAUUAUCCUUAUUAGCAGUUUGUUGCAAUUUUCCUUCCGUUACAAAUACAUCCGAUUUCUAAUCCCACUGGUUCUCUCUCUCUCUCUCUGAAGUCUUAUGUGACUGUCUUGUUUCCAUUAGCUUUUGAAAUAAAACCCUGGGGAAAUGCAAACUAAAACCGAAGGAAUGGCUUUAAAAGCAUGUAAGAAAUGAGAAGAGUAACGCAAGACUCUCGACUGUGCCCUCGCAGGCUGUCCGUCACGCACGCGCUCUUUUCAUUCCUUCGCUCGUUCCAGUAUGCCAUGGAGUAUUGCACUCCGCAGUCAUGCACUUUUUCAAAAGGUGGGCAGGGAAUUCAAAAGGAGUAUGAAAUGAUAUAAUAAUCUGCUGUCCUAUUUGGAAUAUGUAUUGUGCAUACCCAUAUUCCAAAUACUCCCGUAGCCAGAACAUGAUUCUCUUAUCCCCAAAAAUGGACUGACAUGUAUUUCUAGAUCUGUCUGCGAAGUGGCACACUGGUUCUGUGGGGCGAGAUAUAUUUAAAGUAAUCUGUCCUUGGCGUUUCAAUAUCAACCAUGGGUUGACAAAGACAAAAUAGGUACAUUUCCAAUAAUGACAGCAUAAGUGCUAGCGUAGUAGAUGUGUAUUUACUGUCUUAAUUACAUGCGUAUUACAUGGUUUUUUUUCUGCAAUUGAUCAUGUAGUUUUUUUUAUUCAACUCAAUGUGAAAUAACGCCACUUUUAAAAUAAAACAUGCCUUUUUUGCAUGUGCUGUAGGUAAGUUGUACCAUAGUCCUUACCCGCAUACCAAGUCUGGGGAAACCUGUUUUGCAAUUGUUCUGUUCAGCCAGUUCAAGAAACCUUAAAAGUUUGGUUCUAGAAAGCUCUCUUGAUACCUCGGAAUAGCCAGGGUCUGGGGUAAAACAACCUUGAGAAAUAACAAAUGUAUGGAAACUCUCUUUAUUUAAUCAUCUUUCAUUGCUCUCCCUGCAGUAUUGUAUUUAUGUGUGAAAACUGUACGUUUCCUCAGGAUAAAUGUAUAAAUAAAUAUAUGACUUAUUUCAUUUCUUUUUUUUUUUUUUUUUUAAAGAAGGCUUGAUUGAUUUAAUGAAGGAGCCUGACUCAAACAAAGCUGUCAUAUCUUUAGCCUUGGGAUUCUCUUCAAUGUGCCUACAGCCCCUUUGUCUCCCUGUGAUUGCUUACUUUAAUUCCAUCGCCCUCCUGAAGUCUUCAAAACCACAGACCUUCCCUGAAAUAUCAGCAUCAUUAUUAAUAAUUGUACUUUCAGAAAAAAAAAAAAAUCCCUGCUUUUUGUCAAUCUCAGGACUGAAAUCUCUUUAUUUUAAUGUAGAUGUUUAAUUUAUUCUCUCCUCUGUUAUUUUAUUAUUGUUUGACUUGAAGCAAAUAAAACAGAUUCCUUGUACA